CAGUGUCGGAUUUACGGUGAAAGAAUUUGAAGAGGCGCGUGGAAGAUGGCAGAGAGGUUGGAGUGGGUGGAAAUCAUUGAACCACGUACGCGGGAGCGCAUGUAUGCCAACCUUCUGACGGGAGAAUGUGUGUGGGACCCUCCACAGGGUGUUUACAUCAAACGGACUGGUGACAACCAGUGGUGGGAGCUCUUUGACCCCAACACUUCACGCUUCUACUACUACAAUGCCUCAACCCAGCGUACAGUGUGGCAUCGGCCUCAGGGCUGUGACAUCAUCCCCCUGGCCAAACUGCAAACUCUAAAGCAGCACACUGAUUCCACAAGCCCCCAGGCUGCGAGUGCCGCCGGAGGCAGCAGAGCAUCAGCCGACAACAGCCCAGGACGGAACAGCGGGGUCAGCAGAGAGGGAAGCACAUCCUCGUCUUUGGAGCAGGAGCUGUCUGAAAAACAAGGCAGCCGAGACGAGUCUGAAAGAAAUUCUCCUUUCAGGUGGAACACUGGUACAAAAGAGCGGAUUCUGAUCAAGGUGACAGACAGAGAACCUAGCUUCUUAGCACACCAGGGAAAUGGUUAUUCUGGAUGUGAGCCCUCCACCCCUGGUGCUCCCCCUGGGGUUGGCACCACUUCUAGGACUCGUCAUUCUUCAGGAGGUAACCAGGCCUGUGAACCAGAUGGCUCCCCUGUUACUUAUGCUGACCGGCGUCAGUCUUCCUUCAUGAAGCGGGCUGAGCUUGGUGGCACUGGUUCCCUUCGUCGUUCUUCUGCUGACUCUCAGCCCCCCUCACCGCGUUAUGCCUAUGAACCUCCUCUGUAUGAAGAGCCACCUUCAGAAUACCAGUCCCCUCCCAUCUAUGAGGAGCCACCCACUGAUAUGCAGCUCUCUGACCCCUCCUCUUUUUAUGGUACUGGAAGGUCUCCUACUCACAAGUCUUCUGCCCCACUUUAUCACUCCCCAAAGCAGAGCCAGUCACCCUAUGGCCAGCUGGUUCUAACACGGCAGAAGUGCUCAGAAAAGACCCAGAGUCUGGAGUACAGCCCUGUGGGGAAGGAGUAUGUGAAGCAGCUGGUCUAUGUGGAGCAGUCGUCUUCAAGCCCUCGUUUCAAGACCACAGACCGUUUGCUGCAUUACGGGACUACAGGGGGUUAUGGUGGCUCAUUUGGGGGAUCUUUUACACUACAACACAGCCAGUCUUUGAUCAGAGACCCACGCCUCCUGCUGGACUGUAAUGUGGAAGGUGGAGACACUGGGCAGCGGUUGCUCUAUGAAGACUCCUUAUCCUGGGCAUCCAACCAGAAUCACUCUUUCUCUUCAUCCUCUACAGGUGUGCAUAGGGUGUUCUCUCCCAGUGGAAACCGCAAACGCAAGAACCGUAAGCCAUCACUCCCUCAAGACUUGGGGCACUGUGGUGGACCCGAGGGGGAGUUAGCAAGUACAGCAUCUGAGGCAAUGCUGGCUCAAGCAAGGCUAGCCUGGGAGGCCCAGCAGGUGAUGAAGCAAAGGAGCAGUUGGGACUCUGGGCAAGGAGGAGGAACAGCACAAUGUGGUAGCUCUAAGGAUGGGUAUGAGAGUGAUGGUGCGGUGCCUCUACCAUUACCUGGACCCGUGGUCAGGGCAUUUAGUGAGGAUGAGGCGCUGGCGCAGAGUGAUGGGCACCACUGGAAACGCAGUACCUUUGAUCGACUGGGCUUUCCACAGGCCUUGCUGGAGAAAAGUCUCUCUGUUCAGACUAACCUCGCCUCACCUGAGCCUUACCUGCACCCCUCACAGUCAGAGGACCUUGGAGCAUGCGUUCAGUUUGAUGUCCAUCGGAACGCCAGGAACAUGAUGCCGAGUGCCAGUUGUGGUAUCUUCCCAGAGUUCAGUUUAAGAAAACCCUCCUCAGAAACUGACAUCGAGAACUGGGCAUCAAAGCACUUCAACAAGCAUACGCAGGGACUGUUUAGGAGGAAAGUGUCAAUCGACAUGCUUGCUUGGAGCAGUGAGCCCAUCAAGAAGCCCAUGAUCGUUACAGCUGAUCGCAUCGUGAAGAAAGAGCGGUGGACUCUUUAAGCUCAUCCAGACUACAUGGGAGACCGGCGGUCCAAAGCCGACCCACUUGCUGUGGCGCUGGAGGUGGUGGUGCGCGGGUGGAGUAACCAGGGUUUACGGGAUGAGCUGUACAUCCAGCUGUGUCGUCAGACCACAGAGAACUUCCGCUAUGACAGUCUGGAGCGAGGCUGGGAGCUGAUGGCUAUCUGUCUGGCCUUCUUCCCUCCCACACCUCGCUUUCAUACCUACUUAGAGGGCUACAUCUUCCGACACAUGGACCCACUCAAUGACACCAAGGGAGUGGCUAUUAGCAGCUAUGCUAAAUACUGCUACAGGAAGCUAACCAAGGCUGCACUGACCGGGGCCAAAAAGGGCUUGCAGAAACCCUGCCUAGAGGAGAUCACAUAUGCCAGAAAUGCCAUCUUCAGCGUCUCUAUGUUUGGCUCCUCCCUGGAGGAGGUGAUGAUCCUCCAAAAGGAACGAUAUCCAGACCACCAGCUGCCCUGGGUACAGACUCGCCUCUCAGAAGAGGUUCUGUGCCUCAACGGAGAUCAAACAGAAGGAAUCUUCAGGGUACCAGGGGACAUCGAUGCUGUCAAUGCAUUGAAGCUGCAAGUUGACCAAUGGAAAAUCCCGACUGGACUGGAAGACCCACACAUCCCAGCAUCUCUCCUGAAGUUCUGGUACAGGGAGCUGGAGGAGCCACUGAUCCCUCAUGAGUAUUAUGAGCAGUGUAUCAGUCACUAUGACGACCCCGAGGCUGCUGUCAGUGUUGUUCUGGGCCUGCCACACAUCAACAAGUUGGUGCUCUGCUACCUCAUCCGCUUCCUCCAGGUGUUCGCUCAGCCUGCCAGCGUGGUGAUCACCAAGAUGGACGUGAAUAACCUGGCCAUGGUGAUGGCGCCAAACUGCCUACGCUGCCAGUCCGAUGACCCCAGGGUUAUCUUUGAAAACACACGCAAGGAGAUGUCUUUCAUCCGGGUGCUGAUCCAGCGGUUGGACACAAGCUUCAUGGAUGGAAUUCUAUAGCCCCGCCCAAAACAUAAACACAAUCCAUUUCGACAUGACCUUUAUCCUUUGCUUGCUCCAUCCAUCCAGUCCAAAGCACCUGAGCUGCCGAGCC